ACCCUCGAAGGCUCUAAUCGCUUCGCCUCUCCUCCUCGCCCGCUCCGCUGUCUCUGUCUUCGUUCUCUGUGAGAUUAAUUCGUUUUCUAAAACACUAAUUUUUGAUCGUUCGUUCGAAGAUCGGAUGGGUGCGGUCUGAUUGCCCUGAGGUUUGCGGAAUCGGAGUGGGCAGGAGGGAUGGACGGCAACGGCGGUGGCAGCGGUGGCGGAGGAGGAGGGGUGGCAAUGGCGGCUAGCGCGAAGCUCAACCUGAAUGGGAACGCGCCGCCGCCGUUUCUGAGCAAGACGUACGAAAUGGUGGACGAUCCCGCGACGGACGCAAUCGUGUCGUGGGGACCGGCGAAUAACAGCUUUGUGGUGUGGAACACGCCAGAGUUUGCCCGGGAUCUCCUCCCCAAGUACUUUAAGCACAGCAACUUCUCCAGCUUCGUCCGCCAGCUUAACACAUAUGGUUUCAGGAAAGUUGAUCCUGAUCGAUGGGAAUUUGCUAAUGAGGGAUUUUUGAGAGGUCGAAAAGAUCUGCUGAAAACCAUUAAUAGGAGAAAACCCUCUCAUAUGCAUGGUCAAACACAGCAGCCUCAACCACAGAAUGCUUCAGUUGCAGCUUGUGUCGAGGUGGGGAAGUUUGGGUUGGAGGAAGAAAUUGAAAGGCUGAAGAGGGACAAGAAUGUACUCAUGCAGGAACUGGUCAGGCUGAGGCAGCAGCAGCAGUCCACAAGUCAUCAGUUACAGACCUUGGGCAAACGCCUUAAAGGAAUGGAACGGCGCCAGCAACAAAUGAUGUCAUUCUUGGCGAAGGCCAUGCAAAGCCCAGGCUUUUUAGCGCAGUUGGUGCAGCAGACUGACAAUAACAGACUCAUAGCUAGGGGGAACAAAAAACGGAGGAUGCCCAAGCAAGAAGGCAGUUUGAGUGGUGAUAGUGCAUCCCCUGAUGGCCAGAUAAUCAAGUAUCAGCCCCUAACAAAUGAAGCAGCCAAAACAAUGCUAAGGCAGAUUUUAAAAGCAGGCUCCUCUCAGCCUAGGCUAGAAUCUUUCAGCAACUCUGAUAAUCUUUCACUAGAGAAUUUUCCUUCAUCAUCUGGAGCAUUUGACUGUAGUUCUUCAAGUCAGAAUUCUGGAGUGACCCUUGCAGAGGUCCCUCCUAAUUCAGGGGUUCCUUAUGUACCAUCAAGCUCUGGUUUUUCAGCAGUUGGCUUAUCUUCAGCUGUAUCUGAGAUUCAGUCUUCUGCAGGUGUAACCGAUAUGGUUUCAAACGAUGAAUUGCCAGGUAUGGAUGUUUUAUCUGCAGUUCCGGAGGCCAUUGCUGCAACAGAUGAGAGUAUUCCCGAGUUAGAAGGGGUCAUGCCUGAUGACAGUGUUGCCAUUCUGAGUGAGAACUUUGCCAUGCCUGACCCCGAGACUGUGUAUAUUGACCCCAUUACAGCAGGAAUGGAUGGGGCAGCAGUUCCGAUUGAGACAGAACAGGUAUCUGCUGAUGCCAACAUUGAUAUAUUGGAUGAUGAUCCGGAGCUUUCAGGCAUCAUUGACUCAUUUUGGGAAGAAUUUUUUUCUAGUCCUGUAACAGAAGAGACAGAGGAGGCUGAGUUGAGCAUACUGGAAGCAAUGGAGGACCGGCCGAGACCAGAGAAUGGGUGGGACAACUCACAGAAUAUGGAGCAUCUUACAGAACAGAUGGUGCUCCUUUCUCCUGACCCGAAAUGAUGAUAUCAUGCCUAUGCAGUGCCUUUGGACUCACAAGGUAGCAUGGAAUGUGCUGCGUGAAUGCCCUCUCUGGUGUAAACCUGUGGCAACGGUUGAAUUUUGGCUACUGAAACUCUUGGCUUGUACUUUGGACUUUCAAGAUAAAUAACGGAUCAUAUACAAGCAUCCAGUGACUCAUUUUUGGAUUCAAAUGACCCUCAUGCGGUGGCCUCUUGUCCUUAAUCAGCAAACUGUUGGCUAUAUUAAUGUCUAGCGAAGUUGCAUCCAUUAAUACGCACUUUAUACCCCAUUUUGUUGAUCAGUUUCUCGUGCUAUGAUUUACGCAAGUAGAUAUGGCUGGUAAGACAAGAUGAGGAGAUAUAUUUAUUCGUAUACUUGAUCAGAUAGCUGGGAUGGAUGGUAAAGGUGUUUGUUGGUUGACAUUGGAAAGAGUGUAUUCUCAUGGGGAAAAGUUUUUUCCCCCUUUUUUUUUUCUUAUUUUUCUUGGUAUCCUUCUAAAGGUGCAUGCUUGUGGUCUCGUUGAAGAUGACAGUGAACCAUGACGGAAGCAUCCCGCUAUGCUUAGCGAAGUAGAAUGCGUAAAGUCGAUCUCAAAUGGGUGAGAUAAAGCUGGGUGGUUAUGAUUAUGGUUAUGUUGUUUUAUUGUAUUGGGCACUAAUAGUUUGUCAAUUGAACUUUUAAGCUUGGUACCAUUUAUAGCGGAUUUUGAGAUUCGAAAACGGACUUUUUUGCUCCUA